AUGAAUCCAAUAAACCAAUUAAAUAGUCUUAUUUCAAAAUGCAAAAAGAGCGAUCUAGCUUGUAUAGAAUCAUCUAUAAAUGAAGCACUACCGAAAAUAUUUGAUGGAAUCCCUGAACUAGGGGUUGAAAGUUCUGAUCCUAACUUUAUUAAGGUUAUUGAAGAAGAUAUAUCUAUAAUAAAAUAUAAGUUCACAAAUAGUUCUAUCACUGGAUAUAAAAACUGCAAUAUUACAAAAUUAAAAUUCAACGAUGAUAUGACAACAUUGAGUUGCGAUGUGAAUUGCCCGCCACUUUUAAUGAAUGGUCAAUACGAAGUUAAAGGGCAGCUUCUCGAUUUGCAGAUAGAGGGAAAUGGAGAUUUCGAAUUUACGUCAGGCUAUUAUUUAAUACAUCUUAGCGCUACAUUGGAAAUAAUAGAAGGCAGUGAUGGGAAAAAUCAUUUAGUUGUUGAAGACCUUAAACUAAGACCAAACCCGCUCACUGAAAUUAAAUAUAAGUUUCAAAACUUAUUCAAUGGAAAAAAAGAAUUAGCGGAAGUGAUGCACGAGUAUGCAAAAAAACACUGGCUGGAAAUCGCCUUGCUACUCCAACAUCCAAUUUGGUCAACUUCAUUUAAUGAAGUCCUUGGGCAUGUCAACAAAUACCUACAACACGUCGCCAUUGAGGAUAUAUUGGUGGACUAAGUCAGUUGUUUUAGCUUAUGUCCACUCAAUGGAAUUUGAAUCAUUAAAGUUUCGAUUACAUUUAUUGUUUUACGAAAUUACAGCCUACUAAAAAUUAUACGUAAUUAUAUAUAUAAUACACCGUAAU